AAUUGUAAACACACUAACAAACACACACCCACUAAUUCUCAUUAAGCGUAAUUCACGCCCCCAAUCCAUCUCGUUUUAUUCGUCGUCUGUUGCUUUUCGUCUCCCCGAUCGGCGCCACUAGCCUUUCUGCCACUGCGCCACCGCCACCGCCGCCGCUUCAGCUCUUCGCUCGUCGUCGCCGCCGCUCUUCGCUGGUGCAUAAGAAUACUGGACAGAAAGAAGCAGCAAGUAACAGUAGUGAGGAGGCUGUAGUAUAUGUUAAGUCAGAAGAUGAUUUUUUUUAUCAGCUCAGUUCAUGGUCCUUUAGGUUCCCAUUGCACACUCAGCAGCUUGCAUCUCAUGAGGUAAGUAGCAGUGAUCUUAGCGAUUUGAAUUAUAUUUUUUAUAAACCGUCAAUCCGCCCAAACCGCAAGUCAAAACCGUCAUUAUUUGCCAACUGAAUUGCCGGUUUUUGAUAAGAAAAAUGGCAAUUUCUGAUGACACUUUUAUCAAUCUGCUAUCCGCCGUAUGAUUUCUAUUUUUCUCCUAAACCGCACCGACUUGCACCCCGCACACACCUAGCAACCGACCUAUUAGUACAUAUAAAAAUCUAAGCGAAGUGCAGGCAGUGAGAGCAGGCAGGCAAACAAAGAAUCAAUUUGGACUACGCCGAAUUGGCAAGUAGUCUGUAUUAUUCUUGUGUAUUCAAUCACCAUCAUCGAAAGAGGGGUUGUGUGGAGAUGAGGAUAGUAGGGUUGACUGGUGGAAUCGCAUCAGGGAAGAGCACUGUCUCCAAUCUUUUCAAGUCUCAUGGCAUCCUCGUCGUCGAUGCCGACCUCGUCGCUCGCGAUGUUCUAAAGAAAGGCACUGGUGGGUGGAAGAAGACUGUGGCAGCAUUUGGUGAGGAUAUUUUACAGGAGAAUGGACAAGUUGAUAGGCCAAAGCUUGGCCGCAUAGUAUUUUCUGAUCCCGACAAGCGCCAACUUCUUAACAGGCUAUUGGCACCUUAUAUUUCAUCUGGUAUUUUUUGGGAAAUUUUGAAGCUAUGGUUGAAGGGCUGUAAGGUUAUUGUUCUUGAUAUCCCUCUGUUGUUUGAGGCCAAGAUGGACAAGUGGACAAAACCCAUUAUUGUUGUGUGGGUUGACCCUGAAACACAGCUUCAGCGACUUAUGGCAAGAGACAGAACAUCCGUUGAAGAUGCCAGAAACAGGAUACAAGCUCAGAUGCCUCUGGAUGUGAAAAUUACCCAGGCAGACAUAGUGAUUGACAACACUGGAUCGCUAGAGGAACUGAAUGAACGUUUUCAGAAGGUAGUAGUCCAGGUCACAAAGCCCUUGACAUGGACGGAAUUUGCCCUUUCCAGGCAGGGAGCUUUAGUGGCUUUUAUAUCAGUUUUUGUUGGUGUUAUCAUAUGCAGGAAAGCUUUAUAAUGGCGGUGUUGAUUAUGAUAGACUUACCCUUCAUCUCUUUGAAAUGUAUCUCUGCUUUAUUUAAAUGGGUUGUAUUCACAAUGCAAUUGAGGAAAUAGAAGGCUGCCAAGGCAGUACAUUCGUUGAAAUGUGGAAUUUUGUGUUUGUUCAGUGGAGAAUGAUUUAUGGAGUCACAUUUUGCAAUG